GGUUGCCAGAGUGAAAGGAGAAGCGGAGCUCUGCCUCCCUCCAGGAGUGGUUACCUAAGAGAUGGAGAGCACCUGGGAGGACGCGGCCCAAAGCUUGCAGGUGGAGAGUGCGGAAGCCUGGGGGUUCCUGCCCUUCAGUGUAACCUGACACAGGGCCUACACCAGGUGCCUUACCUUUCAGAUCCUGGCAAAGCUGCCUCCUCUCUGCUUUGUCGGCCCCUGUUGGGUGAGAGGAUUGAUUGGUAACUGUCAACUGACCCCGUCUGGGCUCCGCGAAGAAUGGAGGACCAGGGUUAAGAACCAUGGCAGGAACAUGAAUUUGAGGCUAGCCUGGGCUACAUGUUGAGACACUGUCUCAAAAUGAAGAAAGAUUCCGUAGUUUCAGGCCUCCUGGGUGAGUUGGGAGGUUUCCAAAGUCCAGGAUGCUCUAUUCGUCGACUACACCCCACUUCUGCCUCCUCUUGCCCCUCUUCAAGGCUAGUGAGUGAAACAGGAGCUAGGCCUCCGGGCCUAUCCAUAGAUGGGACAUCUGAACUGUAGAGUUCUGUUCCCGGCUGGGUAUGUUAGCACUGGACGCUUACAGACCUCUGUGCUUGCUCUGCUUCAUCCCCUCGGCUGCUUCUGUGCCUCUGAAGCUAGCUGGGUCUCUGAAACAGGCAGUUGCAGCAUUGUCUGCAAGAAACAGGCUGCCCAAGGAGAAGGAUGCCGUUUGCCAAAGGCCUGUUCUCUGUGUAGUACAAAACCCGACUACCAUUUGUUGCAUGCUUUGCUUUCCAGCCUGCCUGACCGCCUGGCAUUUGGUGGCAUUGCCUCCGUUAGUGUGGGAAGGAAGGUACUUCACUCACAGGUGGAGUGAGGGACUGGGGACGGGGGCUUGCUUCCCCUUCCUUACAUGCUCGCCCGUGCAAUGCCCAUUCAAGGCUAGAAUAGCCUGGCUCUGCUUUUCCAAGCUUCUUCAGUCUCUGUGUCUGUAAGAUGGGGAUCCAUGCUGCUUGUUGAGAGAUGACCUUUCUGGAGUGUGCGAGGAAUGCCAUGUACAGUAAUCCCUUCGGCUUUAAUCCACCUGAGUCUCCAAGUGCAUCUCUCAAGGGAGACCCAGAUCAUGGCUGUCCUUUCCUUGCUCCUACUCAGCACCAUGGAGACUUGGGGUCACAAAUGUCACCUAACUUGUUCCUUUCUCUCCUUGCCUCCUCCCCAGCGGAACGGGCACUGGACACAAUGAACUUUGAGAUGAUCAAAGGCCAACCCAUCCGUAUCAUGUGGUCCCACCGAGACCCAGGGCUUCGAAAGUCUGGUAUGGGCAACAUCUUUAUCAAAAACUUGGAGAAUUCCAUUGAUAACAAGGCUCUCUAUGACACCUUCUCCACCUUCGGGAGCAUCCUCUCUUCUAAGGUAGUAUAUAACGAACAUGGAUCACGGGGCUUUGGCUUCGUACAUUUUGAGACUCAUGAGGCUGCCCAGAAGGCCAUCAACACCAUGAAUGGGAUGUUGCUGAAUGACCGAAAAGUCUUCGUAGGCCACUUCAAGUCUCGACAGAAGCGGGAGGCAGAGCUGGGGGCUCGGGCCCUGGGGUUCACCAACAUCUACGUGAAGAACCUGCAUGUGGACAUGGAUGAACAGGGUCUCCAGGACCUCUUCUCCCAAUUUGGAAAGAUGCAGAGUGUCAAGGUGAUGAGAGACAGCAAUGGCCAAUCUCGGGGCUUCGGCUUUGUCAACUUUGAGAAGCAUGAGGAAGCUCAGAAGGCCGUGGACCAUAUGAACGGGAAGGAUGUGAGCGGGCAGCAACUGUUUGUGGGUCGGGCCCAGAAGCGGGCAGAGCGGCAGAGCGAGCUGAAGCGCAGGUUUGAGCAGAUGAAGCAGGAGAGGCAGAACCGUUACCAGGGUGUGAACCUCUACGUGAAGAACCUGGACGACUCCAUCAACGACGAGAGGUUGAAGGAAGUUUUCUCUGCCUAUGGAGUGAUCACCAGUGCUAAGGUGAUGACAGAAAGUAGCCACAGCAAGGGGUUUGGCUUUGUCUGCUUUUCCUCUCCAGAAGAGGCAACAAAGGCUGUGACCGAGAUGAAUGGGCGCAUCGUGGGCACUAAGCCUCUGUAUGUGGCCCUGGCACAGCGCAAGGAAGAGCGGAAGGCCAUCUUGACCAACCAGUAUAGGCGGCAGCUGUCGCGCCCUGUCUUGAGCUCCUUCCAGCAAACUACCAACUACUUAGUGCCUGCUGUGUCCCAGUCUACAGCACAGGCCAUGUACUAUGGUUCUGGCUCCAUGGCUCCCAUCCAGCCUGACCCCAGGUGGACAGCCCAGUCCCACGGACAUUCAUCUGCCUCAGUGGUCCAGUCUCUAAGCACGAUGCAGCACUCCUAUCUUCGCCUGGACAGUGCCUGCCAGGCUUCCAGCCAUAUACCUCACUUGCAGAGCGUAGUCAACAUUGGUACCCAGACUACAGGCCCAGGUGGGGAGGGAUGCUCUAUUCCAGGCCAGUCUCUCCUGACACACAGAGGACCUGCGUCUGCACACAGUGCCCACGGGGUCCAGGAGUCGGCUGUAUAUGUCCCUGGCCAUCAGCCUCUGACUGUGUCCAUGCUGGCUGCCGCACCCCUGCAUGAACAGAAACAGAUGAUUGAUAGAAGAGGCGCUGGCAGUGCUGUGGGCUCAUCAGGAACUGGAGUCAGCAGAAAGCAACAGGAACUGAGCAGAGUGGGUAGCUGGGGGUGGGAGGACCCACGGCAGAGCAGCUGAGUCGCUGUCAGGAGACCCUGGAGAACACCCCACUGAGGCUGACAUUCAAAUACUCGCUGUGAUGUGUUGGUGGCUUCGGAGUUGGGUGAAGCUGACCGAGUCACAGGAGACAUGCACAGUAACUGGAGUGUUCUCAUGCCAGGUGUCCCCCAGGCCUCAAGGUUUACUGGCUGGCUCCAUUCCCUCGUCUGAAGGCCUGGCCUGCUGUGAGUUAGUCUACCUUCCUAAGACUGGGUGUCUUAUAUACUUUGGGAACAUUUUUUUUCCUUUCCCCACUGAGAUUGGAACCUGCACUCCCUUGACUUCCGAGCACAGCAUUUCUGCUCGUGGUUCUAAGGUCCUGUGAAUGCUAACUUAUUUCCUGAGUGGUCUCUCUGUUCUCGAGCUUUAGAUGUGGAAUGAAGGCUGGACAGUGUCCACUGCUAAUUUUUUUCUUUUGUAUAUUAAAAAAUGCUGCAAAAUCUGCCUUGCCUCCCAGGAGGCUUUCUUGUGUCUGAGGGAGGGUAGGGCAGUAAUCUUAAGCGCUGAGCCACCUCUCCAGUUCCCUACAACUCUACAACCCCAUUUUCAAUUGUACUUAGUUGAGGAAGCUACUGGACCACAGAUCUUAUGCCCUAUCCACCCUUAGUUCUUAAGACUCUCAGUAACAAGUCCAAUUCACUAAAGCUUCGAGCUCCCUGUCCCUCUGGUUUUGUCUUCAAGUGUUCUCAGGAAAGUCUCCCACCAUCAUUCUAUUCUAAAACCAAGGUCUCCCCACUUGCUGUCAUUUCCCUUCCCUCAUCUUCCAUAUGCAAUCCAUCUCUGCUCCUCUUCAAUUCUUUCUACCUGUAACCAGGUAAUGUAGCUCUCCACAAAAAUUUGGUGACCUGAGUUUGACACCUGGAACUCAUGAAAGGUAGGAAACUUCACAAAGCGGCUCUCUGAUGUCCACAGGUAUAGACUGUGCACACACAUGCUAUCACACCCACUAUGUGCACAUUUCAGGCAUUCACCUGUUGACGGCUG